CCCGCCCCGGGGCCACAAGACGGCGGCAGCAACAGUCUGACGCGCGCCGUGCUCUCGCUGUCGCUCUCAGAGGCGGGGCGCACCACCGCCAAGGCCAGGUCCUCCGCCCCCCGUGCCGCCAUAUCCUCCGACAACCAAGGCGGGGCGCACCUCCGUUAUCUGUACUGCAGCCAGCAGCUAGGCGGGGCGCGUUGCCACCAUUACCAUGGGCCUGCCACUUUGGUGAAACAAUCCACAUGUAACUUGGCCAUACAGAUAACCAGAGUCAGAGUCCAUAUUUGGUGGCUUAUUGCACUCUUCAUACGUAUUCACAUUAACAGAGUCACGGGUACUGAAUUUUAUUCUAACAACAUGCUGCCAGAUAUUUCUAAGCUGCUCAAUUUGAACGGGUUUUAGGAAAUAGUCGCAGGCGUUAUGAGUUAUUCCCUUCAUUAUAGUUUUCGUCUCUCCAUUCACAGAUAACAUUGCAUGGAAAAUAAUCUGUGAUUGGAGAGACAAAAACUAUAAUAAAGGGGAUAACUCAUGGCGCCUACGAUUAUCUCCUAAAACCCGUUUGCAUCGAGGAGCUUAGAAUAUUUGGCAGUAUGUUAUUAGGAGGAAAUUAAGUAUCCGAAACUCUGUUAAUGUCGAUACGUAUAAAGAGUGCAAUAAACCAUCAAGUGCGGACUCUGCCUAUCUGUACGACUAAGUUAGAUGUGGGUUAUCUGACCAAAGUGGGAGGCCCAGCAAGAAGAAGAAGGAAUACCAUAGCGAGGAGGAAGAUGAAGACGUAGAUAGUGGUGGUCAAGACAAUGAUGACCCUUCGGCUCCAAAGAGGCCAAGAGUUGUUUGGUCAGUUGAACUGCAUCGGAAAUUUGUCGCUGCUGUCAACCAUCUUGGAAUUGACAAAGCUGUGCCGAAAAGGAUACUCGAGCUUAUGAAUGUUGAGAAACUCACUAGGGAAAAUGUUGCAUUCACCUACAGCUACUGACAAGGAGGAUCCACGGUCUCCUCCCACGACGACGACGGCCGCCACCAAGCCUGACACGUCCAUGCAAUCACCUGAUGAAGAUAGCUGCGGUGUACAAGGGAUUCUCACCAUUGGUGUCGCGGACGAGCACGUGGGCGCUGUCAUCAGCCGUGCUGGGAGGACCAUCAAGGAGAUCAAACAGGUUAGCGGUGCCUGGAUCACGAUUUCACCCGAGGGAGAGUUCAUGCCCGGAACUUGCUACAGGGAGGUGUUCAUCACUGGGACAUCAGAGGCGAUCCGCGCAGCUGAGGCGAUGAUCAUGCGCUGUCUCGGUCGCCAGUGGCAACGGUGAUGAUGAGCUCACAUGGCGGAGGGUGGAGGGAUUAUGCGUCGUCUGCAGUUGAGUGAUGGUAGUGAUACAGAGUAGAGUGGUAGUAGGUAGUCACGCACAGACAACACAGAACAAGGUUUUUGCGUUGCUAGGGUCGAUUAAUCGGUAGUAAACAAGCAUUAGGAAAUGGAUGAAACGCUCAGCUCACUGCUGAGAGGAUGGCUAGGUUCUGCUGGUCAAUGUUGCUUUGACCAAUUUGCUUGCUUCCUUCCUUCCAUGUUCCACUGAAGUUGAUGAGUGGAUCGGAUGAGAUGAGUGGCUUAUUGUCAUGUUUUGGUUGGGAGGAUAGACAGAUGAAUGAUUUGGGAUUAAACUCAACAGUUCGAAACGAAGCUUAUCUCCCAUGAA